UCCUCCAUGUGCCAGAAAGCUCCAUCCGCAGCUUACCUAGCUGGGCCACUCCAUGCGGCCCGCGUCUCUGGCUAUUUUCAGUUUCCUGUCUCUGGCUGGAUGUGUAGAUUCGCUCAUCUUCUCGAUCAGCCCAUGUCGCCAAGAUCGAUGGACUAAACAAUCCCCAACUGGGCCUCCCCACGAUUCGUCUACCGUCCAUCUCCACCUCGAAGUGGCGGCCUGCCAACUGCGUAAGCGCACAAGCCUCGCUUUGCAGAACUACCUAAACCAACGGCCUUUUAAACUCAUGUUACCGAGAUUUUGUCGCCAUCGGGCCUGUGCUCUGCCCAUAGCUUCAAAGCAUCGCCGCGCGUUCAGCUCAAACCUGGUCUUUCCUGGAAGUCCAUUGCUCUUCGCGGCAAGUCCCUGUCACAAGGCGCGCGGCCCGUCCUGCUGACGCUAGAAUAUAACCGAAUCGCGCACUCCAUCACCUCACCCCUAGGACAAUAAUAAUACAUAGCCAGUUGGGUUGGGAUCCACAAGUACAUGGCGACGACGGGCAACAACAUUGUGCGAGAAUAGUAGCGGUACCGUGGAUCACUACGCCACGUCAGGAAGAUCGUACCAUGUUCAGACUCCUACGGGAACAUCAAAAACAACAACAGGGGAAUUUGCCAGACCGUCCA